AUGGGAGCCUCCAAAGACAAGGCGUCUCUCCUCUCCGGGCUGCUCCUGUUCACGCUGUGUCUCGUCUUUUCUUUCUGCCAGGAGGAAUAUUCUGGAUACCACUCAGCUUAUACAACAAAAGGAGACACAGUGAGGAACCCCUAUGAGGUCUUGGUCGACCACUACGGCGCUUGCUGCUCUCAACCCUCCCCCCGGAGUAUCACUGAGCGACUACGCUACGAUGAGGACAGAGGCCGAGAAAGGGGAUCGACCCUGGCCCGCCCCCACACGGGCACCAUGAUCACGAGGACCCUUCCUACCCACACCACGAGUCCCAUACGGGUCCCGUAUCCAGCAGGACCAGACACAGACUCCUCUGAGGAGUCUGGGCUUGACGCAGCACUCGUGGAGGAAGGGCCGACAGAGUGCGACUGUGAACCCGGAGAGCCUGGGUUCGCUGGCUUCGCAGGACCAAAGGGAUCCAGAGGUCUGCAGGGUAAAACUGGUAGGCCGGGGAUUCAAGGCAGAGAGGGUUAUAAAGGAACCAAAGGGGUUCGAGGAAGAGGAGGAGACACCGGACUGGUGGGCAACGCUGGUCCUGAAGGAGAUGACGGAGGUUCUGGUUUCUCUGGAGCCAUGGGAGAACCUGGACUUCCAGGAGACCCAGGCGAGCAGGGAGAGCUGGGCCUGAAGGGCGACAUCGGUAUGGAGGGACCACGCGGAGGAGUCGGAGGUCUCGGUGAGACUGGCCCCAGUGGUGACGCUGGACCUGUAGGACCAAAAGGAGGUCCAGGUAUUAAGGGGUCUCGUGGUAGCGAGGGCAAAGAGGGUUCUGAGGGACGAGAAGGACAGAAGGGUCAAACUGGAGCUCCCGGGUUCCCUGGUGACGUCGGCGACAGAGGAUACACUGGUUAUCCUGGACAGCCGGGAUCCAUCGGACCCAGUGGACCAAAGGGCACUAAAGGUCAAGGCGGCCUGCCAGGCAGUGACGGUGACCCUGGAGAAGAUGGUCCUAUAGGAGUCCCAGGUUUGAUGGGAGAGCCUGGACUGUUUGGUGUCAAGGGCAGUAAGGGCGAUCGCGGUGCGAAAGGACCUCGAGGCAGAGUGGGAGCUGUGGGAGCUCAAGGAGAGCAAGGAGAUGCCGGAGUACCAGGGAAACUAGGACCAAAGGGCCUGUCGGGCCAGACUGGGGCCAAAGGUGAGACGGGACCUGAUGGUGAGAAGGGUGCAGCAGGGAAAAAAGGCAUUAAAGGCGUAAAGGGACUAAAGGGAAGCCGGGGUGACGGUGGAGACAAAGGACAGCGUGGACCAAAAGGUGCAGUCGGUCGUAACGGCGUCCCCGGCCCUGUGGGACCGCCUGGCAUCCCUGGUACCAGAGGAGAGCGUGGCCAGAUCGGCGACCUGGGUGUUAAAGGCAAAGCUGGAGCCAAAGGAGCCCCAGGUCCCUCUGGUCCUGGUCUGACUGAUGAGCAGGUCCUGCAGCUCUGCAGAGGUGUGGUCACAGCCCAGAUCUCCCAGUACGCCUCCUCCAUCCGGGCCAAGUGCUCCCAGGGCUGCCCCAUCAACAACCGGACACUCAUCGGGCCCCCCGGUGCCCAGGGGCCGUUAGGAUCCCCGGGGAAACCUGGUAAAGUGGGAAAAGCCGGAGCCAAAGGAGCCAGAGGUGUUCAAGGUGACAGAGGACUGGAGGGACAGAAAGGAGCGGAGGGUAAAAGAGGUCAAAAGGGAGCUAAAGGCCUCACAGGUGAUCCAGGUAAAGGCCUGCCGGGACCUGACGGACCACAAGGCCCCAGAGGUUUGACUGGUAACCCGGCAGAACCCAAAAAUGGCAUGGAGGGUCCCAGAGGUCCCCGUGGCUUCCCCGGUGCAGUCGGUCAGUCUGGCAUGCUUGGGGUCGCAGGCGUGCCCGGUUUUUGCGAGGCGCGGGACUGCAGUAUUCAUGCGCCGGUGAUGCGCAAAGAGCAGGGUCUGGUGAAGGGACCCGUCAGUUCAAAAAUCUGAACCUGAACGCGAGCGACACCGACCGCUGCGAGAUUAUUGGGUCUGAGAUUCACCCUGGUGGCAACCAAAAGGUUCAUCUCAUUGAAUUCCAGCUGACAGUAGGACUGGGUUUAAAUGGGACAAAAAAUGUGUUAGAUUUAUGACAAUAACUUGUUUAAAAGCUGCAAAUCAUUGUAUCCUUCAUUGACUGUUGUUGAAUAUGUCAGUGGACCAAAUAUAGUACUGUGGGGUGCUCCGCUGGUGGGCAGGUUUGGUAACAAAUGGGAAACUGCAGAAAAGAAACCAGAAAAGACUUUACCAUUUGAGCUGGAGAAGGCUGCAAGUGAACUUUUAUUAUUUUCAAGGUUUUAUAAUUCAUAAAGAUCCAAACACUGUUUGUUUUGAUCUGGAAUAAUUGCCUCUGAUGUACUGUAAUUUGAUAAGAACACUAAAUAAUUCCUCACCGAAUUGUUCCUUCAGUUUAGUUCUUGUUUUCUCUGGUUAAAUAAAAAUAAAAAAUGCUAUGUAAAUAUUUUGUAAAGUAUCUCAAAUACAUGUACUGUGCUCUAAAAUAUGUUUCAGAUAAACUGAUGUUUUUUAAUCUGAGUCUUCAGUUUGUCGGUCGUCACGUUUUAGUGUUAAGAGGUUUUGCUUUUAAUUCUGAGAAAUAAUAUUCCAGAGAUGAUCAGUCACAGAAUAAUAACCUGGAUCCAGAGUUUUUUGGAAUUCAAAUAGGAAUAAAACACUAAACUCACUGUAAUUAUCAGGCAUUAUCGUCACAGUAAAGCAGUUAUCUGAUUGUUUGUAUGUGUAUUAAGUAGCAAUGUGUUUGACAAGAUGACUUUAUCCUCCAGAUU